AUGUGUGAUACAGACAUCGUGACAUUGGCAUAUCUGGUCAAGACGGUACGGUUCGUCCUUGGACGGACUCUUGUGUGCGUCCCCCAUGUAUGUGUUUCAAAGAAGCUCACCUCCCCCCCGCUUGUCACUCUGCCCUGCUUUUGGUAUCAGACGAUCUUACUAGCAUUGGUCCUGGUCCAGAUAUUUGUUGCACUACAACCGGCCCGUCACUACUGGCGGUACAUCAACGAGUUGGCCUUGACAGGGUCGUUCGGUGGGUACAACAAGCAGCCGUGGCUCUACGUGGAUCUUCCUGUCUUCGGACGAGGAGAAGGAGAAUCUUCCAAGAUGCGGGCUCUCGGGCUUCUCGGAGCGCUUUCGCCGAUCAUUUGGUUCGCGUGUUUCACGGCGAUCGUCAUCGUGACAAAGCUACUGCUGUUCGGCGGGUACCCUCAAGUGCGCGUCCCGCUGGGCACGCGCGCGUACCUCUCCUGGUGGUACAUGAACACUAUGCUGAACUUGUGGGAAUCCAUCGGUGGAACGUGGUUGCUCGAUACGAAGCUGAUAAUCUUCAUUUACCGGUGCAUGGGAGCAAAGAUUGCCUGGACGGCCAGCAUCAGCGUCUUCGUUCGCGAUUUCGAUUCGGUGGAGGUCCAGGAAGGGGCGAAGGUGGAUGGGAACCUGUACGUCCGGCGGUUCGAGGCUUCUUACAUGGACGUGGCACCCAUCAUCAUUGGCAAAGGUGCCGACCUUAGAACCGGGUCCGUGGUGUACGGAGGGACAAGCGUCGGUGAUCACUGGCAUCCUCUGCAAAAUUCAACACUCCGGGUGGCGUAUGCCAUACCUCACGCCACGAAAGCUAAGAUCGUGAUGUCCCCACCCCCCCCGUGGGCGCAUCAGUUGGCGAAGCAAAUCUCGAUCCUGUGCACCCUGGUUGCUACGACGGCAAUGACCUACUUCCCGAUCAUCCUCUAUGAGUCGAUCGGUCUAUCGGAGAACUUCCGCUACGCCCUUCUUGUCAAGGUUGUUCUUCUCGUCGGCGGAGUACCGAGCCAGCUAGCUCUCUACACCGUUCUGCUCAAGUGGAUUCUCGCAGGUCGCGUGACAGAGGGCUCCUACAAGCCGAACGUCUUCCAGACCUGGCGACGCUGGUAUCUGGGCAGGCUUAACACGUUUGUGUUCGCCUACUUGCACGUCUUCAACCAGUGUCCGAGAUACGAGUGGUGGAGUGCCGCGCUCGGCAUGAAAGUGGGGCGUGGUUCGGUCGUCCUGCUGGAAGAGUUCAACCCGGAGGACGCUCACCUGAUUCAGAUCGGCUGCCGAGCCCACAUCGGCUACCCGCGUCUCUCCGUCGACCGACCGACCGGACGUGGAACUGAACGCGAGAAGAAGGCAAUAUCGAUCGGAUCGAAGGCGUUACUCGGAUUCGGGGUACACCUCGGCGCAGGCUGUACCGUCGGCAACGGUGCAAUGCUUGGCGGAUACUCCAAGCUAAGGCCUGGAGAAAAUCUCACGGACGGGUCGGUGACGAUGUGCGACCAGCAAAGUGCCUUCCAAUUUGGUGCUUCUGCGCCUACCUCGGCCCAGAGGGAUAUCCAUGACGACCCGCUACAUAUGUGCUUCGCCGCUGAAGAUCCCCGCGAAACUGUCAAGGCGAACGUGAUCGACGCAGCGUGCACCCUGGGGGCUUGCUCCCUCAACAUCCUGGCCUUGGUGGCGUCUUUCGAGGCGACCAAGCUUGCGGAAUCUCUGUGGUCGAGAGGCGAUCCCUUCGACACCAGGGUUGUGGUGUUGCCGGCGGUAGCCUUGGUCGUGUGGGCGUUGGCGUCGGCUGUACUUCUUGCCGUCUUCAAGUGGGUGUUCGUGGGGGACUUCCGCCUCAUGUCAACCCCAGGCACACGAAAGGAAAUCUCUGCCCGAGUUGGGCCACGUUCAACAGACAUCGAGAAGGGGUCCGGGGGAGGGCAACAAGGAGGCCAGCGACGGAAGUCGAACAAACUCACGGCUUCGCAGGUAAUGAGGUGGCGGUGGAUGCAGCGCUUCGUCUACUUCUCCCUCUUCGAACCAUACAUUGUCAACACCGUCCUCAAAGGCACGUGGCUGCUCAACGUGUGGCUAAGACUCAUGGGUGCAGACGUUUCCAUGGGCGCUCUGGUUCUAGGCAAGGUGUCCGAUCACGGCAUGGUGAAGGUUUGCGAGGGUUCCGUGGUUGCUGGGGUUCUAUAUGGACACCGCGCUACCUUCGUUGACGGAGUCUGGUCCAUGGAACUGGCGCCUGCCUGUGUAGGUAAACGUGGGGUUGUACAUGCUCACACAGGGAGCUGGUGCACGGAGAUGGGGGCUGGAUCAACGUUGACGGCCGGUAGCGCCACACUUGGCGGACAGGUUUUGCAAGCCGGGGAUGUGUUCGGUGGUCGUCCUCCUCAGAAGCUUUCUGGAAGUUGGGCGCGGUAACGAGUCACUUCACUUGAGAAUAGUCCACCAGGCCGUAGGCAGGGAGAGGUACGUGCUUGGCCCAAGCGCACACAAAUAUGAUAGAUCAGAUCCCUAAAAAGGUCGAGCUAGCUCUGUUGAAGUGUGCGUCCCUUGUGAUCGGUAGAACGCGUGUGAUGGGGCUUUGUUUGCCCAAGGUGAUCUGAAGGACAUCAAUGAUUUUAAUACGUUUGCCCGAACUGAUCUAAAGGACAUUGGUAAUUGGUGUAUGUUUACUUGUUGAUCUAUUGGACAUGGGUGAUUGAUGUAUGUUUGAUGUAUGUUUUCUUCAUGGUGAUCUGUUGGACAUAGGUGAUUGGUGUAUGUUUGCUUCAUGGAAAUCUGUAGGACAUUGUUGAUCGGGGUAUGUUUGUUCAUGGUCUUCUGUGAUCGGUGAGUGUUUGCCCGUGGUUAUCUGUGGGGCAUAGUCUAGGUGAGCUAGGCCAUGAAUGAUCCUAUGUGUACAAGCUUGUACCAAAUGGCAGGUAGGCGCUGGGGAGAUCUAUUACUUUUCAAGCUCCUAUGCUACAGCUGUGCGAUCGUCGAUGGAGAGUUCUCGCGUCCCAGUAGUUCUAGAAACAAACCCGAACUGCCGUGCAUUUUCGUCCGGGGAGAUAUUGAUGAAUCCAAUCUUACGUUCUGCACUGCCUGGGCGCCGUCAUGGAGACAGCAAGUCUGUACAUUCAGAGUUGGGUUUCGACUGGCCGGAAAGCCGGGCAUCUCAGGCCGCCUGAUCUGGAAAGGGCGCACGACCCACGUCCCAGUUGGUAAGCGCGGGGUCGACAGCGGCCCUAAACGCGGAAAAAUAUUUCCACUCGAGUAGCAGGCCCAACUCCGGGAAUCGAGCGAUUAUUUCCGUUGCGUCGACAAUUCGGAGGGAUC